CAAUUAUUCGCCUAUUAUUUGUUUAAACUUGUUUGUGUGUUUUAUUAAAAUUAACGUUUUAUUAAAAUGAGUUGGAAAGAUUUUGAUAUUUUAUUCGGUGAAAUUUUCAAAGACUACUCAUAUACGAGUAAACCUGGAACAUCUAGAAUACCGUCUUCUCCGCUUAAUAAAAAACAAAACAGAAGCAUCAUGAAUGAAGAGUACAUCCACAAGAAGUUUCGGUAUAAAAGAUAUUUCGAAAAGCAGAAAUUUGAAGAAGCUGUGGAGAAAUAUAGAAGAGAAGCAAUACAGAGGUUUUCCAACUUUGAUCACAGUUAUUGUGCACAAACCUGUUCAGAUGGAUUUACAAGAUGUUUGAAUACUGGCGAAGCUCCAAAUUUUCCUGCAACCAUUGAUGAACACUCACAACUUACAAAGGCGUCAAGUGAGACAGACACAGCAGACGAUAGAUCGUCAACUCUUACAAGUAGUGAAACUGAAGAGCAAAUGUUGCUUCUUUACGACGAACAAAAUUCAGCAACUUUCAGUGGGAAAAUAUGAGAGUUUGCCUUGAUGACGACUAUGUUUUAAAAAAUUGGUUAGUUUGUGUUUUUUUAAAUAGGUUAUAGACCAAGAGGCAGCGCUGAAAAAACUAUUUGAAUUUACU